AUGUCUCUCUUCUGGAAAGUUGUUGGUAUUCUAGAGUUGUCUGUAAACCUUUGGGCCUGUGCUGCAGUAAAUGAUGGAGCAUCACCGAAUCGCAAGGUCUUUGACCUUCAUGCAAUGUAUGUCAGUGACGUGCAACUUGAUGUCAUUCACAAGGUUCACAAUAUUUUUGCUACAUUGCGGUUCUUCGCUGAUGCUUGUCACCUCAUAAAAACUGCUUGGAACUGUCUCUACAACUCUGGAUCAGGUUCGCACAGUCGAUUUAUGUGGAAUAAUGGUCAUCACUUACUAUUCAGGCACAUCGCGGAUCUGUUCCACAGUGAUCAAGAGUUUGCUUUGCACACCUUACCAAAGUUUCUCUUGAUCACAUUGUUCUUACGUCCUACAGCAAGAUGA